AUGUGCUAAAGUUUGGGUACCAAAACUGCAUCUCUCACUCUCUCUCUUUUUACUAUUUUCGUGCACAGAAACCCUGAGCUUCAAAAACCCUAACAAUUCAAUUUAAACCAUCAUAGCCACCCAGAGCAGAGCAAUUGGGAGAAUAUUCAACAAUUUUGAAAGAAAAAUGACACAAAAGAGCAAUCUUUUCAAAGGUCAACAAAAGAAGAAGUCAAUUCCUCCGAAUCGCCAUGGCAAAGCCACUCAAACUCGUAAAGGGAAGAGAGUUGUGAAGCCCUCAAAGGUCACGAAGGAUAUGGAUACUGAUCGGGAACUGACCAAGUUCAUAAAUUAUUGCAAUGAGGCAAAAGCAGCUACUGUUGCCAACAAGGAAGGUGGCCAACUAAGCAUAGUCAAACCACAACCAGAGUCAUCUAGUGGUGCAAAGUAGGAAACAACAGGCUGCUGCAUCAGUCAAGAUCAAGUCAUUGAAUUAACACAAUUUUGAUUGUCAUUUUAUAGGAACAGAAUAGGUGUGGUUUAUUCCCUUUUUCUUAUUGUGUAGCUUUUUUAUUUCCUGAGUUGAUUCUAGGGCUGGAUUAGAGUUGUUUGUUGUUGUUCUGCAUGCAACUUCUUGCAUUUUUGGCUACUAUAAAGUGUAAAUUUCUAUGUAUUCAUGUUGCCACAUCUGUUCUUGUUAGCUGAUCAACGGGACCAAGUGUAGCUCCUAAUUGUCUCUAAUUUACUCUUGUAAGUGCCUGAGUUUCUUGGUUUUGUUACUCUGAAUAGCUUUGCAGACAAUAGAUCAAGCUCGUUGGUUAAAUGACUAAAAGUUUUCAGUUCUACAGGAUGAGACGACUGGGUGUACCGUAGUGUGUAAACCUAAACUAUCUAUUCCAGAAAUCAUGAAACAUGGUGCAUAGCUUAUCCUGUUGAGAUUGUUUAGGGCCAGUAAAAAUGUUUGUUAUUGGAGGUUUUGUGUUUGACACGUUUCUGUUGAA